CUUUGCAUAUUUGAUUAAACCCGGCAGGUCGCCACCGGGCCGGUUGCGAAAUGUGGGAAUGCUGCGGGGCCCCCCGCCCGGAAGGGAGGCGGGGGAGCGCCUGCCGGGGGGCAGGUGUCGUGCCCUUCAUGGCCCUGCUCCUGCUGCAGCGGCGGCCGGUGGCCGGACGGGCACUGCUGGUCACCGGCUCCAGCUGCCCCGGCCACGGCUUGUGCCGCUCCAACGUGCAGGAGCAGACCCGCAGGCAGGUCGCGCUGCUCAACGCCACCGCCCAGGACCUCUUCAGCCUCUACCUGAAGUGCCAGGGAGAGCCGUUCAGCAGCGAGAGCGACAAACUCUGCAACCCCACCGGCAUCUUCUUCCCUGCUUUCCGUGUCAACCGGACGAGCGAGAGGAAGGAGGUGAUGGUGGCCAUGUACAAGCUCUUCGCCUUCCUCAACGCCUCGCUGGGGAACAUCACGCGCGACCAGGAGGAGCUCAACCCCACGGCCAAGGAGCUCCUCGACCGGCUCCACAACACCACCAAGACCACCCGGGGCCUCAUCUCCAACCUCACCUGCCUCCUCUGCAAGAACUACAACAUAUUCCAGGUGGACGUCAGGUACGGGGAGAGCUCCAAGGGCAAGAGCGCCUUCAAGAAGAAGCAGCAGGGCUGCCAGGUGCUCAGGAAGUACGUGCAGGUCAUCGGCCAGGCAGCACGUGUCCUCCUACCUCAUCUCAGCCCCUCAUGAGCGCCCACCCCGGCUCCGCUGCUUCUCCACUGCUGGUGGCUCCUGCCGCUGCCUCCCCAACUCCCGCCUUCCUAUUUAUUACCCCGGACCCUGCGCUGGCCCCAUCCGUCCUCUGGUAAUUUAUUGCCCCUUGAGGGGGUGAACAUUGCAGGCCGGAGUGUCCCGGGUGGAGCAGGACCGGGGCCAGCAUCCAGCGGGACGAGGCAGCACAUCCCCAGCACAUCCCCGAGGUGAUGCCGGGGCGUGUGCUGGUCCCGGGAUGUGCCUCAGCCAUCCCUGUGCUCGCAGGGGGUGUGGGGAGCUGUGGGAGCUGUGGGAGCUGUGGGGGCUGGCGGCAGGGCUGGACUCUGUCCCCCACGGACGGUCCCCAUCAUGGAGAGCAGCCUGAUGGACACCCUCGAGCACCGUCUGAAAGCUUCCACUUCCCCAGAAAAAGGAUUGUGAGGAAGGACACCGCGGUGCAGCGGCUGGCAGGGACACGGGGACAUGGGGACACGCUCCCCCUGCACAUUUUAAGGAUCCACAAGGAGCCGAACUGGGGGUACUUUGGUGGCUGUGGCGGCUGGGGCUGGGUCCCACCAUCCAGGACAAGGCCACCCCCUGGGGACAGAGCGGGCAGUCACCCCACUGUGGAGCAUCAUCCCCCCGCGCGGGCACGGCUGGGGCAUGGAAUGUCCCUCUCCUUUGGAAAAGUGCUUUUCCCAUCGGGAGGGCUCUGAAUGUACCAAUGGCCAAGGGCUGGGCUCCUACGGCUGAA